UUUGUGGAAGUCAAUGCAGUGUGACUGCACAUUGCUCAAGAGAGGACAUCAGCUGUGUAUAAAUGCGAAGGAAAGUUAUCACAUGUCAGAUUGGUACUUCCAAGGUUAUGCUGGACACACUGAUUUUAAGCUAAGGAAUUCUGCAUGAACUACAAUGGAUUUUGAUUUGGAUCUCGAUUAUAAUUAUAGUGAUUAUACGAAUGUCACCACCAGUAAUUUUACUUAUGAGGAAGUUUCUUUCAAAGUCCACACCAAAUGUUUCUCUCAGAUUCUGUGCCUGUUGUUUGUGGUGAUCAAUGUGAUCAUCUUCUUGCUGGGCAUUGGAGGAAAUGGGGUGGUUAUCUGGAUUGCAGGUUUUGGUAUGAAGAAGUCUGUCAACACUACCUGGUACCUGAGUCUGGCCGUGUCUGACUUCAUCUUCUGCGUCUUUUUGCCUUUUAACAUUAUCUAUGGCGCAACCUCGGACUGGAUCUUUGGACUCUUCAUGUGCAAGUUCACGUCCUUUAUUAUGUUCCUCAACAUGUUCAGCAGCAUCUUCCUCCUCGUCAUCAUCAGCAUAGAUCGUUGCAUUGCCGUCAUGUUUCCUGUUUGGGCCCAGAAUCAUCGUACUAUCGGAAAAGCGGCGGUGAUAAUUGUGCUUGCAUGGGUCAUCUCUGCGGCUUUAAGUAUUCCAUCUGUUGUAUUCCGUGAGGUUCAGAAUCACUUAGGUAUAAAUCGAUGUAUGAACAACUACACAUCUAGCCAGUACAGCCACCAAAUCAUAGCAAUGAGUCGCUUUGUUUUUGGAUAUGUGAUCCCAUUCCUUCUCAUCGUCAUCUGCUACACUGUCAUCAUACUUAGACUGAGAGCCUCACAGAUGGCAAAGUCCAACAAACCAUUUAAGAUCAUGACAGCUCUCAUUCUCACCUUCUUCCUGUGCUGGCUGCCGUACCACACAUUUGUGCUAAUCGAACUGAAUCUAAGCGUCAGUACUGAGAUCAUAACACAUGGGCUGAAAAUUGGCACCACUGUUGCUGCCACAAACAGCUUUUUAAACCCAAUUUUGUAUGUCUUCAUUGGUAAUGACUUCAGGAGGAAAUUCAGGAGCUCCAUCUUAUCAAAGAUUGAGAAUGCCAUAGGAGAGGAUGGGCGAACAAUGAGCCGCUACUUAUCUCGCUCCAGCUCAGUGGAUGCCAGGGCGUCCACUCAUAUCUAAAGAAACAACUGGAGGUGACACAAAAUGAUAUUUUCAGAGAAUUACAAAAAUAAAGCAAACAGUAAUUGUGCAUAAUACAAAUGGAUUCCUGAUGUAAGCAUCUACUUAACUUAUCACAAUAUUUUCUGUAAUUUCUUGUUGAUUAUAUGAGUUUUUAGAAUUUCAAAUGUCUUUAUCUGUAAUUAAAAUCAAAGUGGUCAAGAAGUGCAAUAUUUUUUAAUAAAAAAUAGUAAUCGCUGUAUGUUUAAGCAAUUAAAGUUCAGAAUUUUACUGGGUUGACAUUUUUACAGUGAUGAUCUAAAGUAGUUGAUUACAGGCUCCAGGCCAGAAGAAGCUUCAAGUGAUAUUUCAAUAUACCAGGCAGUAUAUGAUGUGUUCUAUUGUUUUAUUUUACUAUAAAUGUAAAUGUGUAUACUGUAUAUCUGAAAAUAUGUGCUUUUCAAGGAGUCAUUGGAAACAUUGGACUUGAUUAAUGAACUAGGCUAACACAUCACUGCAGUUUGUAACUGACACAACUUUGACUUUAAUUAGAAAUUGAAUCCAGCAGUUUAACUUAAGUUCCCAGUUUUAAUGGGUUGAAAUUUUGUACAGAAAGUACAACAUUAAAAUGUUUUGUGACUAAUAAACAUAUACUAUGCCUUAAUUAU